AUGCCAAAACCAGCUCCCCGUUUUGCGAUGGGAGUCGUACUUCCUCGUCGAACUAAUGUUGGCUCACAGUUUUUGCAAACGCAAAGACAUGGGGCCCGCAAAACCUGGUACAAAAAACAAUAUUUUUCAAUUCGUCCUUUUGCUAUCCAACGUCACCAGGGUAGUACUCCACGUAUUUUGCUUGACCGUAGUUUGUGGAAAUCGGUUUGGCUUAGUAAGUUAAAUAUGCCAGAUAUCAAUCGAUGGGAACGUGUUGUGAAUAGUCAACGUGUUACAGAGGAUCGUUACGCUUUAGUGGAGGAAGAAGGUGUGAUGCAUAAGGUUAACUGGGGAUUGUAUUGUGAACGACUGGAAACAGAAUUAAUGGCUUCUCAAGAUCGUCUACCGCAGUAUACUCUUCUAAUGAAGGCAGCCCCUUCAAACUGGAAAAAAUUUGAUAUUGAUAUUAGUGUUCUUCGUGGAUUAUCUCUUCGUGAAGCCAUGGCACAAUGCAAGCUAUCCAUGCGGAAAGGGCAUCAAAUUGUUUUUCGAGCUUUGGAAAUGGCGCAACAGGGAGCGGAGGCAAAAGGGCUUGACAAGGAGCAUUUGCGAGUUGCUCGUAUUUCAUGUUUUCCAGGUCCUACGGAUAAACAAAUAGAUAUUCGUAGUCGUGGAUAUUAUGCGUGGAAAACCAAGAAGUCAUCUCAUUUGUUACUUACACUAGCUGAAGAUCCUGAAAUGGUGCUUCCUGACCGUACUUCUAUUCCUUAUGCUUCACUACUUUCAAUGAGACGUGCUGGACUUUCUGCAGAACCUGCAGUUAUUGAUGUACCUGCCAUUACCGCAGACGGUAUCUAG